AGAUGGAGGGGGAUGGACGGUGAGUAUUAUGUUUUAUUGUCAAUGUUAUACAUCGACAUCACCUGGAGAGAGGUCUACUGUGACAUGACGACAGAUGGAGGGGGAUGGACCGUGAUUCAGAAACGAGAAGAUGGCGAUGUUGAUUUUUACAGGACAUGGACAGAGUACAAAAAAGGGUUUGGGAAUGUAUCAAAGAACUACUGGAUAGGGAAUGAUGCAAUCCACACCCUAACAAAGGAUAAAAGCCAAGAACUCCGGGUGGUCCUGGGAAGUUAUGAUGGAGAAGAAGCCUAUGCUGUGUAUACCUCAUUUUACAUCAGAGAUGAAAAUGAUAAGUACAAAAUCACGGUGUCUGGAUAUUCAGGAACAGCGGUUGACAGUUUUUCUUCUCAUAAUGGGAUGGCCUUCAGUACAAAAGACCAGGACAACGACAUAAAUGCUGGUAGCUGUGCUGUAAGCAAUCGCGCAGCCUGGUGGUACAACUCCUGUCAUCACUCAAACCUUAACGGAGAGUACGGACAGUCUGGUGUUACUGGUGACAGCUUAAAGUUUCACAGUGUUAUGAAUUUUACCACUCAUGAUCAAGACAACAACAAGAGGACAGAUGGUAACUGUGCUCUGGUUUUGUUACAGACAAGAGUUCUGGCAUUUCUAUAUGACUCCCUUUCUUACUCAAUAUGUUAUUAA